UAAUGUAAAAAAAAACAGUUAACAUGAGUGGACCAAUUCAAACAAGAGAAUAAUAUUUUUAAGAGUUUAAGUUAGAUCCUGAAAUAAGAAUGUAAAGUAGAUUAUUAAGAUUAAAACAUUUCGGUUAUUUUAUGGCAUACGCAGGAUGGUUUACAGGUGUUGUCCUUUUUAUCAUGUAUAGACUAAGGAGUGAUGAUUUAGAUACAUUAGAAAAAGAAGCAGAAGAGAGAAUACAAAUAUAAAAAAAAGUAAGGGAAUUAUAAUAGAAAAAUAAAUAAUCAAACAAUAAUUUAUAUUAAUGAAAAAAAAUUUAAGAUAUUUUUACUAGAUUUUUAUUGUACUUAAGAAACAAUUAUUUAAAAAAUUAAAAUAAUUUUAAUGUAUGUAAA